GUGACAGUAGACACCGGCCGUCAUUUCAAAAUAGUUAGGUUAUAUUUUAGAAAAUCCAAUUAUUUUAAGUUUAAUCAUGCUAGCCAAAACGGCUUUACUAGUUGUAUCAAAUCCAAGCCAAAUAGGCAAAAUAUUAGUAAACAUUCACGAAAAGGUCAAAACAACUUUGUACAUACAACUGCUGUCCGCACUAAGCGGUCCGUUAACAUUCCAACCAAAUGUGUUUACGUCGAGCCCCAUGUACAGUUCGUUAAUUUCAAAUAUUUACUAUCAAGUGAGUGCUUCCAUUACAAAAAAGAUUAAUCGGUUUAAUCGUUUACAGGCUGCAAAAGAUUGCGAUAGUCUCGAUGUUCGUGUGUUAUUGUCUGCUUUAAAAUCGAAAAGCUUACCGAAAAUUAGAACGCUUAACACAAUUGACUUGGUCAUUUUUGAUCGAAAGUAUCACGAUGUGGAAAUCAGUAGAUUCGUGCAAGGAGGAAUUGAGAACAUCGCUGCAGAUUGUCCUGUUUUAACAUUUACCAGUAGUGAAGCGAGCGGGCCACUCGAAAGUGCUCCCACUAACAACAAGGUGUAUGAACAUACGGUUUUAGGGGGCACUUUUGACCGGUUACAUGCCGCUCAUAAAAUUCUUCUGUCGGAGGCAGUGCUGCGGUCAUCCUCCAAAGUUACUGUUGGAGUUACGGAAGAAAAUAUGUUGGCAGGGAAAACAUUGUGGGAAUUAACAGAACCCCUAGAUAUGAGAAUACAAGGAGUGAAAGACUUCUUGAGCGAUAUUUGUUCGGAGCUCGACAUUAAUGUUGUACCUAUAACCGAUCCCUUGGGUCCGACUCGUGACGACCCCACAAUGAAUUUGCUUAUUGUGAGUGCAGAGACCGCUAAAGGUGGACGAUACGUUAACGAAGUGCGUAAAGAGAAAUCCCUCCCCUUGUUGGACGUCUUUGAGGUCGAUUUAAUAAACGAACCGAAUCCAAAUCCAACCGAGGAGGAGAAAAUCAGUUCGAGUACCAUGCGCAUGCGUCUAUUGGGCACGUUGCUGAAACCUCCUGUAGGUAAUACGUUAAUUCCAGACAAGCCCUACGUUAUAGGAUUGACGGGUGGAAUCGCGAGUGGUAAGAGCGGAAUAUCGCAGCGGCUGAAGGAACUCGGCGCUGAAGUUAUAGAUUGCGAUAAAGUAGCGCAUGACGUUUACAAACCGGGUAGGCCGUGUCAUAAGCAGAUAGUUGAAGUUUUCGGGGGGACUGUUAUAGCCGCAAAUGGGGAAAUCGACAGACCAGCGUUGGGUGCUAUUGUUUUUAAGUCUGCGGAAGAGCUAGACAAAUUGAACAACAUAGUUUGGCCAGCCAUCGCCGAAGAAGUGAGUGCUAGAAUAAGAAAUUCGUCCUGUAAGGUUGUCGUCGUCGAGGCAGCAGUCCUAUUGAAAGCGGGGUGGGAGAAAUACUGUCACGAGGUUUGGACCAGCUUUAUUCCGUCAAAGGUCGCCAUUGAGCGUUUAAUUAAUAGAAAUGGUUUAAGUGAAGAGCAGGCAAGGAGUAGAGUCGAUUCUCAACUGGAUAAUGCAGGAUAUAUUCGAAUGGCGAAUGUGGUGUUUUGUUCACUUUGGUCAAAAGAAUUUACCAUUAGUCAAGUCGACAGAGCAUGGGAUUUGUUGCAAGCGCGGCUGCUUUAAGAGCUAUUAUUGAUUAUGUUGUUUGUUGAUUUUUGUUAUUUUUUACUCAUAUUGUCUAUGUUUUUGUUACCGAAAUAUUUUUAUAAAUAUGCAAGAGGGAAAAAGAGGCAUUUCUAAGCAUUCGUGUCGGUAAAAACGCAAGCUGGAAGCUCAGUUCGGCUAGAUAUUUUUACGAUAUUACAUUACAGACAAAAAUAAUAUUUAUUGAAUUGCUUCAGACACAGAUUAAUUUCUGUGCUUAAGAUAAGAUAAUCAGGUAGGUACUGUUUGUCCACAGUGGGAUAACUCAAUAUAUUUAAAAAAUAAUAAAACGCAUUUGAAAAAGACAAUUGCCCUAUAACCUCUUUCGCGUUUUCUUGAAUAGUCAUUUCUGCACAGUCAUAGGUGUUUUGUGAGAUUCUUAAUUUAUUUCGGUAUGUCUUUAAUAACGGUAAUUUGACCAGGUAUCUUGAUUCGAUAAUUAAAAAAACCUACCUUAUAAGUAGGCAUAGCUACCUAACUGCUAGAGCACAACUAAUAGCUUAUAUAUAUGGACAACUUCAACUUCGUU